AUGCGGGAUUGGAGGGGCUGCGGGAAUGAGGGUGGACAAGGGUUGAGCUCCCGACCACGACACGUCCUCGUUACGGGGGGCAGCCGCGGCAUCGGCCUCGCUAUUGCGCAGUUGUUUGCGAAAAACGAGUAUCGGUGCACGCUCAUCUCGCGCUCAGAACGAGAUCUCAAAGAUGCUGUGGCUUCGUUGGAACCUUUGCCAGCACCAGCACCACCAGCACCACAAAAACAACAGCAAGAAACCGAAGAAGAAGAAGAAGAAGAAGAAGAAGAAGAGGCUUUCAAAUCCCCCACCUCUUCUAAUACCCACAACACCCAGUACCAGCACGGCUACAUAGCCGGCAGCAUAGCAUCCGGCACCCGCUUCUGGACCUCAGAUGCCUCGCUGCCAUUCUGCGCGCACCUCCCCAAGCCCGACCGGAAGCAGCACGCGACCCACGCCUCGCGCAUAGACGUCAUGGUAAAUUGCGCGGGCAUCACACAAACAAAACUCUUCAAAGCAAUGGACGAAGCCGCCAUGGAGAACAUCAUAAACACAAACCUGACGGCACUGAUGCUCGGCACAAAGUUCCUGCUUCGCAAUGGGUAUCUGGGCGGCGGGGGAGACCGGAGACAAGGAGAAGAUGGAGGCGGAGGAGGGGGGGGAGGCGAAGAUUUCAGUCCCGUCAUCAUCAACGUUGCAUCGCUGCUAGGUCUACAAGGCGGCUACGGCGCCGUCGCAUAUGCCGCGUCGAAAGCCGGUGUCCUGGGCUUUACACGCGCACUAGCAACAGAGUAUGCGAGCCACAGAGUACGCGUGAACGCCAUUGUGCCGGGCUAUGUGGCAACGGACAUGACAAAAAAUCUGCAGUCUGACCACCUCAACAAACGCAUUCCCCUGGGCCGCUUUGGGACGCCGGCGGAAAUCGCUCAUGCGGCCCUGUUUCUGGCGGAAAAUCAGUAUGCGCAUAAUUGUCUUGUGAAUCUGGAUGGCGGCUUAUCUGCUGUCUGA